AUGGUGGUGUGCUUAGUAGUUUUGUGGGUGUCUGUAGCGGAAGAUGUAACAUUCGCAGCGCAACAUUUUGAUGUUUACCAUGGCACUAGGGAGGUACCAAAUGCAACAAAACCAUCAGAGGAAUUCAAUCGAGGACUCCUUGAGCAAACAGAAGGUGAUGAAGAUUCAAGUAGCUUACGCUUGUACCAGCAGUUGUACGGCUACGCAACUCAAGGCAAGAUAGAUAGCUUUAAGGACACCAUUGAAAGGAAGCUUGAAGCAGAUGAAGUACACGAUCCCAACGCUCGCGUUCGGCUUCUGUCUCGACUAAGCCCUCAUAAGAACACAUUCCUUCACAUAGCUGCAAGUUUCGGCCAUGCGAAACUAGCAGCCGAGAUCAUACACAUUCACAAGCCCCUUUUGUUUGAGAAAAACUUUGAGGGCGACACUGCGCUUCAUAUUACGGCCAAAGCCGGGGAUUUAGAUACAGCAAACACUCUUCUCCGUGAAGCCCUAGGCGCUGAAAAUGCUGAUGAGGUAUUCAUGUUGCUGACCUUGAUAAAUGAUGCGCAAAACACCCCCUUGCAUGAGGCCCUGAUUCAUGGUCACCAAUCAGUAGCAAAGUGUUUGAUAGAGGCCUAUCUCGCCUUUACUUAUCUUAUUAAUAAGGAAGAAAAGUCCCCUUUGUAUCUGGCCGCUGAGGAAGGGUUUGAUGAGAUCGUGAAACUAAUAAACAAAAAAGCAGUUGAGAAAAAGCCAGAAGUUUGUGUUAAUGGCAAGUCUCCGUUGCAUGCUGCAAUUCUAGGCCACCGGAACAAUGAACUCUUAGAGAUAAUAUCAAGUAUGGAGGAAACGUUUGAGAGCCCAAAUGAUGAGAAGGGGAGGACUCCACCACAUUGUUCAGCAUCAAUUGGUUACCUGGAAGGGGAAUUGAAGAACUUUUAUGGUGAAAAUAUACUCCAUGUUGCAGCAAGAUGCGGCAAAGACAAUCUUGUCAAAUAUUUUCUUAAAAAGGGUGAGUUUCGAAUGCUGAUAAACCAAAAAGACAGCAACGGAAAUACUCCUUUACAUUUGGCAACGAUGCACCACCAUCCCAAGGUUGUCUACAGAUUGGCAUGGGAUACAAGGACAAACUUAAAGCUCUUGAAUGAUAGGCACAUGACAGCUCUUGACAUUACAGAAAGCACUUUGGAAACUAUUGCAUCAUAUGAUGGGCGUGUUGGGAACAAGUACGCAUUAGUUCCGGUUUGGUAUAUUCUCAAAGAAAUUGGACAGAGAACUGAAAGGAGAAACAAAACUGGAGAGCAGAAUGCAGAUAUCUUUACUAAGGCAUUGGCAAGGGAUCGGGUUGAAUAUCUAAGGGGCAAGCUUGGAGUCAUCUCAGCUAAACACUUAGAAGGGAGUGUUAAAAGGCUUACAUGGACGGUAUUGAAAUCUGCUUUCGCACAGCGAGAUCAGAGUUUGCAUGUCCUCCAAAGAAAAAAACAGAGAUCGCCACAAGUAGCAGACAGUGGUGGAGGUUCGACUGACUUGAAGUUACCAAACGAGGAAAGCAUUAGGGACAGGGUGAAUACUCUAUUAGUGGUUACCACACUUGUUGCCACAAUGGCAUUUGCAGCCGGUUUCACAAUGCCAGGUGGCAACAAUGGUGACGCCCCUCAGGAGGGCAUGGCAAUCUUGCUAACCAACGCUAUGUUCCAAGCCUUUGUGAUUUGUAACACCAUAGCUAUGUAUACUGCCAUCUUGGUUGCAGUCUGUCUCAUUUGGGCGCUGUUGGGGGACUUAAAUUUGGUGGACACAGCUCUCCGUCUGGCAUUGCCGUUGUUGGGGAUUGUGCUUACCAUGAUUUCCUUAGCCUUCAUGGCUGGGUUUAUAUGGUAG